AUGCAGCCCAAGAAGAAAACUGUAGACUUGGAUCCUUUUGUGUAUGCGCAAGCCGGCGAGAUGGGCCAUGUUAUAUGCAAGGUGUGCCCAAAGCUAAGGGAUACCAUCCUGCCAAUCCAUGCAACCCCUCCCCCCAAUUCUGAGCCCAACAUCAACUUUGACAUGCUUGAGCCAUCCGACCUGACCUUACAUGAUGAACCUUCUUGGGGCCAGCCACCUUCUGAUCCCAUGUCUGAAAAUGCGACACCUCCACUGACAAAUACUAUAAACAACGAUGCGGAGGAUGACGAGUCUUACUUCUCGAUCAAGGAGCUGUGGCAUGGCACAGCGUCAGCACGUACAUUUUUGCAUGCGGACUACUAUGAAGAGAUGCAGGCAGCUCUUCAGCGAGGAGAGUCACUGUUUUCCUGUCCCUUACCCCCCAGCUCUGAUGAGCUGGGUAUGGAGACAGAUGAUGUUGACCUUGACGAUGGUCUCGAGCCAGAAAAUCAUGGAAUAGAUCUUGCAGGUGUAUCUCCUGAAACUGAUGGCCCAGCUUCAAACUCGGAGGUUCCACUGGACGCACCAACUUUUCCAUGGGCGACAACAUCUGAAUUUAUCACACAUCUUCUCUUCAGCUCACCCCGUCUUCGAUUCUCCGAAGCACAAAAAAAGGCCGUUCUGAAUUGGGCAACUGUGCUCGGGGCAACAGGUGUCCCCUCACUUCAUAGUCUCUGGAAAGCACAGGAUAGGAUCAAGGAACUCAUUGGAAACCCGACUGAGAAAGUUACUGCGGCCUCCGGCAAUAUUUUUUAUAUCAACUCGGUAGGCAAGGCCAUCACAAAAGAUUAUUCCAAUCCACUCACACGACUGACUAUGCGCGACUACCCCGAGGAUGGUCAAGGUCGAAUGUCACAGAUUCACCAUGGCGAGAAAAUGCUUCAUGGUCUUCCCGACAAUCUUGCGACACUGAGUGUUCGUGUCGACGGGAACAUAUUCUUUGUCGAUGAGCUCCUCCAACAAAUGUCGAAAGACUAUUUUAUUCCUAAAAAGUUCUUUCAGGCGCAGGUAUCUGCUGACCAUGACACUGAGAUAUUGUCUUUGGGACAUUCUGUCACUCGGACGGAGGAGGGAUUUUCAGUUGAUCCUGAACAGGUCAUCACACCAGUAUCAAUGUUCUCGCGCACCUUCAAGGAUAUUCAAGCUUGCUCUAAGGAGUUUUCAUGCGGCUUUACAGAUUCGUCUUCUUCGCAUGCCUGUCUCAUGCCAAAUCCCCUUUGGGAGAAAUCAGAUGGCCGCAUGGUCUUAAGUGUCCCACUCAUCGUCUUCAUGGAUGACGUAUCGGGAAAUAUCUCGAAGCAGUGGAACAAACACCACGUUGUAUAUAUGUCAAAUGCUGCCAUGCCCCAUGAAAUGCUUGAAAAAGAAUUCUGCGUCCGAUUUGUGUUGUCAUCACCCCACGCGACUCCCUUGGAACUCAUGCAAGCCGUGAUGCAAUCUAUUCAAAAGGCUGCAGAUAACGGCGUUAUUGCGUGGGAUUGUAAAUACCACGAAGAAGUCAUGCUCAUCCCUCACAGUAUCUUCACGGCAGGCGACAAUCCAAUGCAGGCCGAAGAAUGCAGCCAUGGCGGGCUCAGGUGUAAUUUUUUUUGCUGGACAUGCAAAGUUGGUGGCACAACUGUAGACAAGAAGUCUGAUGCGGGUUACUGUAACAUAUUCAAGUCCGCUGAACUUCGAACACCAGAGGAAACACUGGCGCAGGUAAAAGAGCAGGUCGAGCUUGCAAAACUGCCUGGUGGAACCACCAAAGUUCAGAGCGCUGUGGCAUCAACAGGGACCCGAGAUGCAGCUACAUCGGUGAUCAUAAAUCGCCUUCUUGAGCUCGGAAAACAGCUCCGCAAAUGUGAGGCCGGGAAGCCUCCCAUUUCUGAAGCAGACGUUCAUGUACAGCUUGAGCGUGAGCUUGAGGCUGCACUAAACGGUUGUUUGCUCGAUGAUCAUAUCAACCCACUUCUUGGUAUGCCAAGUGUCAAUAUUCAUCAAGACAUGCCCACGGAAAUCCUACAUACUGUCCUUCUCGGUGUCGUCAAGUACUUCUGGGGCCAGACAGUAUGGAUACUCGACAAAAAUCACUUGCUCAAUACAUUCCAGAUGCGACUGGAAUCUGUCAACAAGGAAGGCUUGAAUUCGCCGACUCUUGGAGCAGAGUACAUCUGCCGUUUCAAAGGAGGUUUGAUCGGCAAGCAUUUUAAGAGCCUUGCACAGGUAAUGCCAUACCUGAUCUACGACCUUGUUCCAUGCUCAGUUCUCAAUGGUUGGACUGUGAUUGGCAAGCUUGUGGUGCUUCUCUGGCACACGGCCAUUCUAUCACGGACGAUCGAUGACUUUCUCAGUAUCAGCGCUAAAUGUGCGCCCAGUAUCCUCAUCACGAAGGCAAAGUUCCACUUCCUCCUCCACCUUCCAGCUUUCAUACGGUGCUUUGGGCCAGCGAUUCUGUUCUCAACUGAGCGCUUCGAGUCCUUUAACCAUAUUUUCCGUCUUUCAUCAAUCUACAGCAACCGUCAAGCCCCCAGUCGUGAUACUUGUCAUACCUUCGGUGGCUUUGAUGUUGUCAAGCACAUCGUAACUGGAGGUUUCUGGUGCGACCCGAAGACACGGAAAUGGGUGCAUGCUGGUAACAACAUCGCUGUGUACAUGGCCACACACCCUGAACAACGCCGCUUGAUAGGCUUACCCACCACAAAUGAAAAACCAGUCGGAUUAGUUCAUUUGCCAACUCACAAGGAUGCGGGGGGCAAAGUCCCACCAGUUGAGUGGUGUUCGACACAGACCACACUUCUUCCUCCUCAAAAGCAUCAAUUCCCUGUCACCUCGCUUUUUUACAAGUGUGAUUCUUUCAUAGUGGCAGAUCACAGCAGUGCGCUGCUGGGGAGCCAUGUCAUCAUGAGGCGUAAUCAGACGUGUUUGGACAAGCUCUCUAUCGGCAAAGUCAUUGAAAUACUCGUGCCCCACCAAGGACACAUCACAACACAUGUCAUCAUUUGGUGUCUCGAAUUCUCGUCAGCUGAACUACACCCUCAAUUACAUGUGCCAUGCCUUAGAUUUCCAGACAUUGACGAUAUUGCUGUCCUUGCACCCAAUGAAAUAUUGUGUAUCGUCAACGUUCAACAUGACUGCGCAUCGUCUGGAGCAAACUGUGUCAUCCGGAAUGUGCAAGAGCGGCAGGAGCACAUUGUCACAAUGAGACUCCGGCAGCUCGUUGAUCAUGCACCUACUAAUGCCUACUUCCUCAAUACCCACGUGCUUCACAAUUACCAACACAUCUCAGUUCUACUUCCACCGGAUAUACGCGCCCAGAUCAGCAUGCCACGUAUCUCGUAUCACCAGGCUGUACGUCUCCAUGCUGCAGCACUCAUGCACCAAAAGAAGGCAUCAGACAGUGCUAAUCCCGCUGACCCGGAGAAAGCGAGGGAGAAUGACCCACCUCCGGCCUUUGAUCAUAGCGCAAGCAAAGCCACACGAAUGAAAGGCAAGGGUAAAGUAGUGCCGAAGAAGAAGCUUGUGACUGGGCCAGAUCUGGGACCCUCUGAUCUUGCAUCUCGAUUGCAACGCCCGCAGCAGGUCUAUAGCACCCCGCCAGCUGGUGCUAUAUUACAAAACGAAGCCUCAUUUUCACGAUCUGACGUCCUCGCUUAUUUGCCCUCAGGAACUCUACAGCCGCAUGGCUACUGGCAGAUGCACGCAGGCCCUUCUGAACCAGCUCGUCUGCAACAUCAAGGGCAUGCUCCACCAACCGAUAACUUUACUCACACUUCAUAUCCACCUCAAGAUUUUAGUCAAUUAUCUGUCGUGCAGCACAUGCACUCCCACCUGCCCGCUGCAAGUGGUAUUCCAGGUCAUUUCCUUCAUAAUUUCCGCACUUAUGAUGGACAAUAG